ACAAAACACAUCGCAAUCUCACACAGCGGGGAGUGAGUGAGCUCUUACUGACAAUAUCCCCAAGUUGUACAGGGACUCUGGCAGUUUCGCUUCUCCACCAAGCGACAAGGAACUGAUACCAGUUUGAUUUUAAUACUGCACGACAGCACCGAGACGCUAAUUUCCAAAAAAACUAGGUUCCAACUUUGUACUUGUCUGACCUUCAGCGGUCUUCAGCCCACUUAUAAACGGGCACACAGUCAUGUAGAGAGGAGAGAGUCGAGGACACCCAGGUCACUUUCAGCACUUUCGUCACAAAGAGACACCCCCUCCACUGUUCGGGCUGGACUGCACAGCAGCCCGCCCCCCGCGUCCCCCAGCCAUGUCGUCACGCAUCGCCAUGCGCCUGCAGCUUAUGCGGGACCAGAUGCAGCAGGAGGAGCAGCGGGAGCGGCAGCAACAGCAGCAACAGCAGGCAGCAGCCAUGCAUUACAUGCAGCAACACAUGCCAGGCCCAACCACACCCUCACCCGCCAUCAGUGCUCCAUCUCACUUCCAGGCGCCCAUGCAGGUGCCCGUCGAAGUGCUAAAGGUGCAGACUAAUCUUGAGAACCCCACCGACUACCACCUCCGGCAGUCUCAGCGGCAGCAGCUCAAGGAGUACCUGUCCACUACCUUUGCCACCAAGCAGGCUGUGCACGCUGUCGCAAGCAUUGUUCAGCCUUCUCCGCCACCCACCAUGGCCCAGGGUCAGACAGGAACUGUCCCACCUCCCCUACCAUCUCCAUGCAUGCGCACAGAGCAGCUCAUGAACUCUGCUGGGAACAGCGCACCCAACAGUCCCAUGGCAAUGCUCAACAUCGGCUCCAGCCAUGAGAAUGAGAUGGAUGAUGUUAUUGAUGACAUCAUGAGCCUGCAGUCCAGUUAUGAUGACAUCCAGGCUUAUAUUGAUCCUGUGGUGCAGAUGCCAAACACACUCCCACUGUCUAGCAGCCAUUUGGAUGUGUACAUGGGGCCAGGUAUGACCGGACCAGCAGUCGCCAUGUCCAGCAAUUCCUGCCCUGCCAAUCUGGCCAUCAAGAGAGAGGUCCCAGAUGGUGACGUCCGUGCCAUGGCUAAAGAGAGACAGAAGAAAGACAACCACAACCUGAUUGAAAGAAGACGAAGAUUUAACAUUAAUGAUCGAAUUAAGGAGCUGGGAACCAUGAUCCCCAAAACCAAUGAUCUGGAUGUACGCUGGAAUAAAGGCACGAUUCUGAGGGCCUCUGUGGAGUAUAUAAAACGCAUGCAAAAAGACGUCCAGAGAACCAGAGAGGUGGAGAACAACUUCAGAAAGAUGGAGAUGGCCAACAAACAUCUAUGGCUCCGCAUUCAGGAACUUGAGAGGCAGGCUCAAAUGCAUGGCCUUCCCAACACCUCUCCAUCAGGCCUGAACAACACUGAGGUUCUGAACCCCUUCAUCAAGCAGGAGAGCAGUCCUGAGGAGAACCACCUCCCGCAUCAGCACCACCUCCCCCCUCACUACCCCCAGCAUCAACAGCAUCAGGGUCAGCCCCGGCCGCACCCUCAGCUUCACCAGCACCUCCACCCCCAGCCCCCGCUGCAGUAUCCAGCUGUCGGCAGCUCCCAGCACUUUGACUAUGCCCAGUCACUGGACUUAUGUGACAGUGGCAUUCUAGGAUAUCAGGAUGGGAUGGGUGGCAUGGGGGAUCUCGGCUCAUUGGGCGGAGGCAUUGCACAAAUGGGAAAGAAGAAUGAGCUAGGUUUCUUACUAAUGGAUGAGACCUUAUCGCCUUUGGGUGGAGACCCGCUGCUAUCAGCCAUGUCCCCUGAAGCUUCUGUGGACAGCAGCCGUCGUAGCAGUUUUAGCAUUGAGGAUUCAGACGUACAGUGAUGUGGCCGGCCUUGCGUGUCACUGUGCAGAUAUUGCAAAUAUAACGCAGUUAGCAGAAAAUACGGUUUAGGUACUUUUUCAUGUUUUGUCUGGCACACAAAUCAAAGCGUCAUGCUUUUAGUAUGAUUUAUUACUUUUGUAUACAAACCUUUUUUUGCUCUACAAAGCUGUUCGCAAAAAUCAGUAUAUGCACAUAAUGAUACAUAGAUACAUGCAAUAUACACUGUAACAAAACAAACUGAAAUGCUUGAAUCCUGUCACCUAGCGUUAGCUUAUAUUGUACAACAAUCCAGAAGCCCUGCAAUAUAAAAGUGCACCAGUACAACCAUCAAAACUUCCGUUUAGGUAUUGUUUUGUAACCCAAAAAUGUAGCGUUCGAACCAGUACAAAAAAAAAUUUAAAUAUGCAUCUCCACCUUAAAAUCAUAAUCAAUACAAAAGUCACAUUUAAUUUCUGUCUUGCACUGUAAAAAUGCUCUGUUUUAUAGCUUUAUUAUAUACACUGUCAAGCAUUAAGUCAAAAUAUGUGCCCCAUCUGUCACUGGAGUGGUACCCUUUUAAAAAGUGCAGCUUUGCACCUAAAGAGUUCAUAUUAGUACCUCAGAGGUACAUAAUGGUACCAAUGACAGCCUGUAAGUACCUCAUAUAUACAUAUUAGUACCUCAAAGGUACAUGUUGUUACCAAAUGUAUACUUAUCUAAUGGUACAUAAUAGUACCUUUUGAAAGGGUACUGCGUUAGUGAUAGCUGGUGUAAAUAUUUUGACCGUAAGUCAGUCCUUCUCCAGAAAAACGUGAUUAUGCGAUCGCAUGAUUCAAUGCGUAAUCAGCCAAAGUCCGCAUAUUUAUGUGCGGGCCGCAUUUUUUUAAAAUGCCGCACUUUCGGCGCAUAAAUUGCAGAUUUCUGCUCGCAAAAUAUGCAGGGCUUACAUGAUUUCAAAAACAUUAAUGAAAAGCUGCAAACAGUUUUUGCAAGUUCACGCAGUGUUGGCAAGUUCACGCAAUUUCAUUGCAUGAACAUCCUGCAUAUUCCAUUGCAUUUUUUAAGAAAACGUGCCGCAACAAUCACAAAAGAACUCCGCGUUUUUCUGGAAGGACUGAUUUGUCUUUUUCCAAUAGUGAAACAUAUAUUUUCCUAAUAAAUAGAUUGGAAGCGUUUCCUAUGAUUAUAUCACCACAUCUAAGCUCUUAGACAGACAGAGGGAAAGCUUCCUCUAUCAUAGCAAUAUGCAAAAUCAGCUUCCUUCCAGGUUCCCACAGACAAAAAACCUUUUGAAAAAGUUUAUUUAAAGGGACUGUAAGUAGGAUUUUAAGUGUUUUAUUAAUCAAAAUCAAUGUCUUUAUUCAUAAAUAUGUCCUCAUUGGUGUCAAAAGACCUCUGGCAAUGAUCUGACUUUUCUAUGUAAGCUUAGAAUUUCUUCUCUUUACUUACAUUAAACGGGUAAGUCCAAGGAGGUUUCCGUGUUCGUUCCGCCAUAUUGAUAAACUAUAAUAGCAGAGAGGGACAAAAAGCACUAGCCUACCAACAUGUUUCCACAAUGCGUUUUUAUUCACCAGCUGAAACAGACAAGGAGAUCAGUGAGUACAUAACGGCUACCAUAGUUACAACACGCAUUUGGAAAAGCGAGGCGCUAGAGAGCACUGUUCGUUUGAAUGCAAAUACAAUUUCACCACUACAUGGGGGAAAAUCCUACUUAUUAUCCCUUUAAACGUCUAAAAUGUCUACAAAUGAAGCAAUACAUUUUCCAGUUAUGUUCUUCAUAAUAUUUCAUCCGCAAAUAUUGCUCUUGGGUAGAGUUAAACUUGUGCACAAGCCAUGGCAAUGUCUUGUUUGUCAGUGAAUCAUUAUUUUCAGUUCUUUCCAACCAAUUCACAAAUGAGUGUAAAUGAUUUAAAAUUGCUAUAGUACAAAAGUUUAAUGAUUUUUGUAAUUCAUUGGUGAAAGUGUGGAAACCCUGCAAGCUUUCAUUACUGUCUGUUAAAGCAUACAGUAAAGUCUCGUCCUAUACACUGGUUAGUAUUUCAGACUAUUGUGUGCAAUUCUCCACCAACAUGAAGAGAUUUUGAAAAAGAUAAAAGAAACCUGCCACAGUGCCUGACACAAAACAUUAGUUUUACACAAAUACAUUUUGAUGUAGCAGCUCGUGUUGUUAUUGAGGACAAAACAAUGCAUGCGGGCUUUGUUUGUUUAACAGAACAGAGCAGGUGCUGGUGUGACAGUUGAGUCAGUGGACAGCACAGCAGAAUGAAAUAUAAAUUAACUAGUCUUGUUGGAACAUACUCCUAGUAAGGUGCCUUAAAGCCAAGGCUGGAUUCUUCAAAAAGCACAAGGUGAAAUGUCCUCGCAUGUUGGAACGCAGAAAAAUAAAGCCAACAGCUGUGAGUGCCAUUUGCCAAGCUCAAAUUUAAACAACCAAGGUGCCUUUCAGGGAACCUGGAUCAAAUUUCAGAUUGAUCCACGUUUUUGUUGUUGUUGUUGUUGUUGUAAAGAAAGUAAAUAUUUUCAAAAGGUACAUGUACUUAUAUAGAUUUCUUUUUCCCAAAGCACUGGAGAAACCAAUUAUAAUUUUAUUGAUAUUAUAAAGAUUUUAUGAAGUGAGUUUUAUUUCAAAUGUUUUAUGCCACUAAGCCACUUAAAUGUAUUUUAUCUGUCCUUUUUUAUUUUAUCUUCUAAAAAAUAUUUUUCACUGCCGAGCCAUUGAAAUAUAAACAUAUUUCUCAUGCCAUUCUGUUAUGGAAAUGGCAAGUGUGGAGCCAUAUAUAUAUAUAUAUAUAUAUUUUUUUUUUGUACAAAAUCAUUAAAACACAUCAGGCUUUUAAGAAAUUAAAAGAGCAUGUAAAUGUUGUUUUUAUAUUAUUUGAUUCUUUUUUAAGAAAAGGUGAUAAUGUUAAGUUGGUGAUUCGUUGUUUCAUUCAAUAUUGAUUGGAGAAUGUGAAUUUUAUGUAUUGUACAGUUCAGUAGGUUAAAUUUAAGAUGGUUUGUAGUCUGCCUGUGUUAAACAUGAGCUUUAAUAAGUUUCUUAAAAACAUUUUCCAAAUGAUACACUUAUUGUUUAACCACCACCUCUCUCUGUUUUAUUGCUUUAUUAUUUUAAAGGUACAGUCCAUAAGUGUUGAAACAGCACCACUUACCACUCAGUGAUGAAAAUACAGGGGAGACACCACCGGUGUUAAUACAUUAUUGCAGGGGUUUAUGACUAAAUGCCUGCCCAUGGCAGCAAUUAUAGAUCACACAUAAGUAUAACCGACCAACUUGUUAAGCUGGGUUGGUUACUCUAUGCAAAUCUUUGACUUGGUUAGCUAGACAAGAAAAAGUAAAAAAUAAGCAAGGGCAUUUUUGGAUAGCAUACUGUAGCUAAAAAUGGGGCUUCUAAUUUUGCUUGUGUGACAUUUUUGUUUUUAGCCAUGCGCCAAGAAUGAAAAGGUUUGCUAUUAAAAAAAUGAAAAUAAAUCACUUGAAGUAAAAGAGUAUGCUUUGGUAAAAUAUCUUGAUGAAAAUACUUAUUUACAGCAUGCUGAAAGACAAUACAAACAGAAUGUGACUCAAGUUUUUACCGAAACUCUCUGAAGGCCGUGAGAAUGUUUCAAUGUUUCAUUACUGUGGAUGUGUCAUGUAUAUGGGAUUUGCGCUUUCAAAAUCUCUGGAAGAAAUGACAGCUCUCAUUAAACAUAUUUAAGAUGAUGGGAAAACGAAA